AGGAGCCGGGGGGUCCCCCAGAGGUGCUCUCUGAGGAGUCCAUUGGGGAAGAAGUCCCCGAGGAGGAUGGAAUCUUGGUUUUGAACAACCAAACCCUGAGCCUGGCACUGCAGGAGCAUUCAGCCCUGAUGGUGGAGUUUUGUAAGUGCUUGGGCCAGUGGGCUGGAAACCAUGGUGGUAGCAUAGGGGUUCAGGCCUCUACUUCCUGGAUGUGGCCUUUCUCGUGGGCACCCUGCCUCCUGAGUCCCAGGAUCUCUGAGAGAAUGCCUGGACUAGAGGUUGUGAUGUUGAGAAGGGUUGCUGGUGGUCCAGAAGGAGAGGUGUUGGUAUAGGGGGUACCCUGAGGACACAUGGACCCUCAGACUCCCCGCCCCCCCAAUGCUCUGUCUGCCAUGGCCACAUACUGAUGUUACUAUCUUUGGAGCCUCUAUUCUAAACAGCUGGUCACUGGUUCUUCUGUGGUUUCUUAAAAUCUUUAAAAAAUGUCAAAGCAUUCUUAGCUGGUGGGCUUCAGAAAGUAGUUACAUGUGGCCCUGGGAGAGAGGAAGCAGGGUUCUUCUCAAACUCUCCCAAACCUCACUGUGCCUGGAACCUAAGGGUUAUCUGGGAUCUGGGACCCAUGUGUACCUCUGAUCAGGGUUGAGGGUGAGCCUGAGGGGAUGUGAACAGAAUAUGCCCCCUGUUGAACCUGGGUUGCAGCUAGAGUUGUUGGGGACUGGGGUACUCACAGCCUCAUCCCUCAGAUGCCCCAUGGUGUGGUCACUGCAAGGCACUAGCUCCUGAGUACAGCAAGGCAGCUGCCCUGCUGGCAGCUGAGUCAGCUGCGGUCACCUUGGCCAAGGUGGAUGGGCCUGCGGAACCAGAGCUGACCAAGGAGUUUGGAGUGGUAGGGUACCCUACACUCAAGUUCUUCCAGAAUGGAAACCGCACAAACCCAGAAGAAUACAUAGGUAUGAGGGCCCAAGACAGCUGAGGGCAUUGCUGAGUGGCUGAGGCGGCGAGUGGGGCCCAGCGCCACACGUCUGGAGGAUGAGGAAGGUGUCCAGGCACUGAUGGCCAAAUGGGAUAUGGUGGUCAUUGGCUUCUUUCAGGAUCUACAGGAAGAGGAUGUGGCAACUUUCCUGGCCUUGGCCAGGGAUGCUCUGGACAUGGCCUUUGGCUUCACUGACCAGCCACAGCUUUUUGAGAAGUUUGGCCUCACCAAGGACACUGUGGUCCUUUUCAAGAAGUUUGAUGAGGGUCGGGCCGACUUCCCGGUAGACAAGGAGGCUGGCCUGGACCUGGGGGACCUGUCCCGCUUCCUCAUCACACACAGCAUGCACCUGGUCACAGAAUUCAACAGCCAGACAUCACCUAAGAUCUUUGCAGCCAGGAUCCUCAACCACCUGCUGCUGUUUGUGAACCAGACACUAGCUCAGCACAGGGAGCUACUGACAGGCUUCAGGGAGGCAGCUCCUCCAUUCCGGGGACAGGUGUUGUUUGUGAUGGUGGAUGUGGCCGCUGACAACAGCCAUGUGCUAAAUUAUUUUGGCCUCAAGGCUGAGGAAGCCCCCACCCUGCGUCUGAUUAAUGUUGAGACUACCAAGAAGUAUGCACCUGCAGGGGUGAUACCCAUCACUGCAGCUUCUGUGGCUGCAUUCUGCCAGGCAGUCCUCCAUGGGGAAGUCAAGCACUAUCUCCUGAGCCAGGAGAUACCCCCCGACUGGGACCAGCGGCCAGUCAAGACUCUUGUGAGCAAGAAUUUUGAGCAGGUUGCCUUUGAUGAAACCAAGAAUGUGUUUGUCAAGUUCUAUGCCCCAUGGUGCAGCCACUGCAAGGAGAUGGCUCCAGCCUGGGAGGCACUGGCAGAGAAGUACAGGGAUCGUGAGGACAUUGUCAUUGCUGAGAUGGAUGCUACAGCUAACGAGCUGGAGGCCUUCUCUGUGCAUGGCUAUCCCACUCUCAAGUUCUUCCCUGCAGGACCUGACCGAAAGAUUAUAGAAUACAAAAGCACCAGGGACCUAGAGACAUUCUCCAAGUUCCUGGACAGAGGAGGUGACCUGCCUGAGGAAGAAUCCAAGGAGCCUGCAGUCUCUGCCCCAGAAGCACAACCCAAUUCCACCUUGGGUCCCAAGGAGGAGCUGUAGCCAUUGGGACACUGUAUUCCAGAGAGUGGUGUCCUCACUCAGGUGCAGGAGGGAGCUGUGCACUAUGAAUAAACAUGCUGUCCCAGA